AGUGUCUAUAUUUUAAAAAUCUAAUUUAAAAUAGUGUAAUAAAUAAAACACUUUAAUUAGUUUAACAGAUGUAAUGUUUUUUUAGCCAGUCACAUUAAGUUAAGUGGUUUAAUUUUUUUAUUUAUAUUCGUAGUACUAAACCCACUGUCAGUGCAUCUCUAUAUUAUGUGUUACAUUUUACUUACCACAGUAUAAAAUAAACUAGCAAAAAAUAUAAAACAACGAGAAUAAGAAAGAUAUUAAAUAAACAGAAAAUUAAUAAAUGCGCUCAUAUAUAUUUUAACUCUUGAUGAACAAACAUCUCUUUAAAAUUACUUUUUAUUUUUAAUUUAAAUUUGAAAUUAAUAUAAGAUAAAAAAAAUAAAAUUUUGUGAUCAAAAUAAAAUUGUGAUUUUUAAAUUUUUAAAUAAUGGCGGGAGAUAACAAUUGGGAAGAACCGAUAAAACUGAGAAGUAAUGCAAAUACGCGGGAAAGAGACCGUACUUAUAGCGUAAAUAUGGCAUUUAAUACGUUACGUAUGUUAAUACCGACAGAACCAGUUGAUAAAAAAUUAUCUAAAAUAGAAACACUGAAACUGGCAUUCAGUUAUAUCAUUCAUUUGGACACUAUUUUGAUAACUGGAAUUAAUUCUGCUCAUGAUCAACCAUGUUUAAAAAACAAUAGUUAUUAUAAAAAAACAUUAAGUGAAUUCAAUAAAUUUGAUGGGCAAUACAUAAGAUCACAAGUCUGUACUUUUUGCCUUGCGACUCAAAAAAAAUUAAAUUUUCUAAAUAAAAAAUUGGAUUGAAGAGAAAGAA